AUGAGCUGCUGCUGCGCGCUGGGGGUCGGUCAGUAGCGCGCGGAGCAGAGCGAGGGCGUCAAUGUUGAAUAGCGAAGUAUGAAGUCUGAACGGCAAGCACUGGAUGUGCAUCUGGUAUUUUGGACCUAUGGAACAUCAUCCUAAACUCAUAUUGUUCUUAUACUCCUGAGAGAAAUGGGGAACGGAAUAUCAGAGCAACCCAACUUUCUAUCCAGUCUUCCGUUCUGUAAUUCUCUUCACAUCGCUAUUCUGGGUCUGGACUUUGCAGGCAAAACGACGGUCCUCUACCGUCUGCAGUUCAAUGAGUUUGUCAACACUGUCCCCACCAAAGGUUUCAAUGCAGAGAAAGUCAGAGUACCUGUUGGGGACUCGCAAACAGUGACGGUUCACUUUUGGGACGUUGGCGGCCAGGAGAAACUGCGCCCUCUUUGGAAGUCCUACACACGCGGCACAGAUGGCAUAGUGUUUGUUGUGGACUCUUUGGAUGCGGAGAGAAUGGAAGAGGCGAAGACUGAGCUUUACAAAAUCGCCAGAUCCUCUGAAAAUCAAGGAGUGCCUGUGUUGAUUAUUGCUAACAAGCAGGACUUGAGACAGGCUCUGUCACUGUCACAGAUAGAGACCAUGCUGGCACUCAAUGAACUGGGACCCUCUACGCCGUGGCACCUGCAGUCCACCUGCGCCAUCAUUGGUGACGGUCUCAAAGAGGGACUCGAAAGACUUCAUGACAUGAUCCUAAAACGAAGAAAGAUGCUCAAACAGCAAAAAAAGAAAAAGUAGACCGUAAAUGUAUUAUAUACAAGGGGAAAAAAGGACAAUACAAGUUGAUUGUUGCAAACUGUCAUUUUUAUGUGCCCAGAGUUGGUUCGAACCGACAAGCACUUUAGUUGUUUACUUUCUUGUUUACUACUCUAGUUGUUUACUAUCUGUCAUAGACUUAAAAAAUAUAUAAACCUAAUAUAAAGAUUUUUUAUUACACUGCAAGGUGAUUUGUGUUGAAGGUUUUAUUUAGAAUUUUUAUUUGCAAUAAAAGGGCUUUCUGUGUUUAUUCCAAAAUUGCCAUAUGUAAUAUUUUAACACGUAUACAGUACGUCUGCCAAAUCUUGUGUCAUUUUAGGGUCAGGUAUUAAGGUGUUAAAGGAAUAGCUCACCCAGCAAUGAAAAACCUGUGAAUGAAAACCUAUUUACAUUAUUUUAUGUUCAUGUUGUUUCCUGAGUAAUGACUUGAAUUUCAUUCUUUUUUUUGCACAAAACUAUAGGGAUGCACAAUAUCAGUAUCAUAUCAGUUAACGGUCAAGAUUU